AAAUUUAAAUUUUACAAAUUAAUCAAAACGAAUCAACAAUAAAACCUAAGUGCGUAAAAAGUAAUGCAAAAUCAUAACCAGCUUAAAUUGAAAAUAAAUCAUGUGUCGAAUUGAACCUGUGCGAAGCCUGAAUGAGGUGCGAAUGGUUAGCAUCCACCGAGCUCGGACUGUUGAUACUUAACUUGUAUGAACUCGAGUUUCAUCAGCUGGCACCCGGUGAAACUCCCUCGACUUAGGAUUUUAUUUUUGUAGUGUCUCAUCAGCCUGCUCGAGGUAACGUCUUCCCCUAUCCUCCGAGUCUUUUUCUCAAAAAAAAGCUUUUUUUCCGACUCACGGCUCCCCACGCGUCAGACACGUGUGCAGGUAUGCGAGACCAACCAGCUAAGCAAUCAAGUACCAGGGAACAAUCUAAUGAAGGUAAAAGGUACGAGAGCGAGGGAGUCGAACACAUAUACUGUUCGGAUCAAAGUGCCACUUGCCAUUGACGAGAAGGGUAACCGGCGAGGAAAAGGGAGACGAGGCACGGAUAGAGGGGGGGGAGUGUGGUUUUAUAUACAUUUAAAGUUAACUUACAUUUAGGCAUAAGUCGGGUCUCCCUCUACUCCAGCUACUCCAGAAAACCCGGGCAGGAGCACCAGGUGCACGUUAUCUAGGGAUGAGCACGAAAUGAGGUGGGACCAUAUGUUGAUGCAUUGGAGAACGCCCUGGCACGCGCCACACUCAAACUCGAGCCUUUGCCGAGCGAGGACGAGCUCUCUCUUCUCUUAUCUUGUAUUUAUUGUUGAUUUAAUUUUUACAACUAUUUAUUCCGAUAAAUAACUUCGUGGUUUGGUGAUAAAUGUCCCUGUGAUGUGCAUCGAAUGAUUUUUUACCCGCCGGAGGACAUUCUUCGCGCGGGUAAUCGGUAAAAAAAAAAAUAAAAGUGCGAAAAUAUUGGUAUUACACGAUAAUUGACCACCGACAAUGGCGCUCCUGUCAAAUCAAGGAAUCUAUCAUCAAUCAACGGACAUGAUCAACAAUUACCAGACGGGAAAUCGAUCCUACGGAGAUCCGCUCUAUCCAUCACCGUACAACUCUCCAGACUACGACAAUUUGCCAGGCUACAGAGAACAUUACACCGCGAAUCUUGAAGUAAAUGUUAAUAAUCUUACGCCGAGGAGGGAUUUAGAAAACAUCGAGUUCCCCAGUGAUCAAUGUCAUGAGUAUGCUAAAACUCCAGAGGGAUAUGAAAGAGAGCCUUACGGUGUUCUUACACCUUUAACACCACAGAAAUUUGUAACUCAUGGAUCUGUUGAACAUAUCACGUCACCAAGAUCAACACUAUAUGAAGACAACUCAAUGGAGUGUCAGGUACCUGUUUAUUGCUACGAGACACCACCACAAGAACCCAGAUACCUUAUUGACAAUGACACGUGUCAACGGAGCAGUACUGACGCAAGGAAAAAUUAUUGGGAACCUGUUGCAAGUCAGGUCCAAGACUCGCCAACUUCAAGCCCCAGAAGAGGAAGAAGAAGGUCCCGAAAUGUCCCUCCGUCGCCCAGUAUCGUAAAACGCCGACGAUUGGCGGCAAAUGCCAGAGAAAGACGUCGUAUGAACGGACUUAAUGACGCAUUUGAUAAAUUACGCGAAGUGGUGCCCAGUUUUGGCGCAGACCACAAAUUAAGUAAGUAUGAAACGCUCCAGAUGGCGCAGAGUUACAUCGUUGCGCUCUGCGAAUUGUUGGAGCAACACGACGGUAAAGUUUGAGGCUUCUAGGAAAAUUUAUACGUUUAUAUUUUUAUAUAAAUAGAUAUAUUUAGUUUUGUACUAAUAGUAAAUAGAAUAUAAUUUUUAAAAAUCCGUUGAUUUAUCGUAAUUUAAGUAGCUGAUUAAAAUGGCGUUGGCGAAGCGCAAGAGUCUCUAAACUCUCACGCGGGAGUUCGGGGUUCGAAUCCCGGCGGCGGUCGAAUAAAAAAAUGUAUAUUUAGUUAAUUAUUUGUUAAUUUGCAUGUGAUUAAUUUAUAAAUUUUUUUUAAUUAUUUAUUAAUUAAUAAUUAAAAACAAACGGCUAAAAAUCCAAAGAGUGUGAAAAUCAAAAUACUCGGCGCUUUA